AUGAAAUUGGACUCCCCAGCGUUGAGUGGUUAUAUCAUUGCGGCGUCGGAUGCUUGGCACGGAACUCCGAACUUUCCAUUGGUUUUUGGCCUUGGCAACCUCUUGCGCCCGGCAUCUCUUCCGGGCAUUUGUCCCUGCACCCACCGCCCACGACGCUCAGUGCUGGGACCCGCGCAGGGGGCGAACGAGCAUAUGACUAAGCGCGGAACUCCGACGCCUGAUCCACGGAAUUCCGAAAUCUCUACGGCGCAAACCUCCUGGGCUCGUUCCAAUAUGAACGACCAGACCCUACGACAGAGUCCAGCGACACCGGCACCAUCGAGAACUCCGGAGAUCUCAAGCUCUCGCAAAAAGGCCUGUCGAAGGUGCACAAAAUCCAAAGUUCGGUGUGAUCUUGCCAAACCCAACUGCAACAGAUGCAUAGCCCGAGGCAGUAUUUGUGAAUAUCCCAUCAGUCGUGUGGCACGUCAAAAUGUCCACAGAGGGAGCAAUGGGUCUCUGUCCAGCCCUUCAUCACGGUCACAGAAUCUCACCGAAGAUGCUUUGCCAGCCUCAACCCCGGCAGCUCGACCCCAACAUCCGUCAGAAUCCCACAGCUCUUGUCAGGCCGAUAGGCCACUUCAAACGUCUCUCGAUCUUUCUAGAGUGACAGAUAUUGAGCUUGUCCCAAUGAUCGCAGCAGGUGAAAUCCGAGACCGCUGGCUACGCCCGUAUAUCUCAGCCUCCACCGGCCAAGAGCCCAAGGAGCUAAACCUGCAUACGAUACAGUAUCUCACUUGCGUGUUGAAGUCCUAUUUGAGGAAUUUAUGCACUUCGGUGGGCCCGCCAUUUGUUCAUCAGCUUCAAUUCACGCAGUCUCCAUCACCGGUCUUGUCUUAUUGUUGUGCUAAUAUUCGAACCUGGAUUGGAAAAUGUCCCGAGUAUGAGAUAUUUAUUAUGAAAACAAUACACGACGAGAUGAAAAAGAUCGAGACUCAAGAAACAUUCCAAAACGACUACGAGAUCUUGUGCUCAUUCCAAGCCUAUCUUUUGUACUCUAUGGCAUUGCACUUUUAUCCCCUCACAAAUGCAACGGAAGAUGCACUACCACCUGACUGCCAAUUUCAAACAAAGAUGCAAGAGCUAGCAUUCCGAUCAGCUCGGGCAGGUCUCUUAAGCAAGGCCGAAGAAUCGAGCACUAGACCAGGAUGGGAAUCAUGGAUAUCAACCUCCUGCAAGCGCCGAACACUGAUCACCAUGUACAUCUUCACCAAUGUUUAUAACAGCCAGAUGUCACUUCCCAAUUUUGUGGCAGAGGAGUUACGCGGUGUCAUCGCCCCGGAAAGCAAGAUCCUUUGGGAAGCUGGCGACCGCCUUCAGUGGGAGAAAGAAUACAAUGACUAUCUAUCCAAAUGGCCAGAUGGGAAGUUGCAGAUAUCAGAACUAUGGAAAUCGGAAGAGACAGGCACUCCUGCCCGACGUGAGCGGAUCGAGAGGUGGUUACAAUCGGCAGAUGAGUUUGGCAUGAUGGUCUUUGCUACAUGUGCACAUAUCCACGGCUGUUGA